UCUAGGAUAGAUCUGAGUAAACUGUAUAUCCAUUAUCUACCUGCAUCUAACCCUAUCUCCCAGAAGCUGUAUAAUGUUGCUCCAGAUAAACUGUUCAGGAUGGAUAUGGCGGAUAUUGUUGAGGUUAGGAAAGGUUUCUCCACCGAUACAUUUAACCAGGUUGAGAGAAAAAUGAAAAAAACGAAUAAUUUCUCUAAGUUCCUGAACCCUGAUCAUAGUUUCUCAAUUAUUUUCGAUCAUAGGAACAAGAAGGGUAUUCCAUAUACUUUAGAUUUAAUCUGUAACAGCACCGAGGUGCGGGAUACCUGGGUUCAGGUUUGUGAUCAGCUGAUAGAAAGUAUGAAGGAGGUUGAGUAUCAAAAAGAAUACGAACUUUAUCUCAGGGGUAUUUUUACUUCAGCGGAUAAAAGCAAGAAUGGAUACUUGUUCCUCGAUGAAUUCGCGAUGAUGCUGAAGCAAAUUAAUAUUUAUCUUGCUCCGGAUGAGAUUGAGAAAGUUUUCGCUCAGGCAAACAUUGAUAAAUUUACGGUGGAGGGUCAGCAGGUUUUGGACGAGGAGGAAUUUCUAACAUUCUUUCAUCGUCUUCUAGAGAGACCAGAGUUAAAUAAUCUCUUUACUGAAGUAUCCUCAAAAUAUAAAGGUUUGGCGAUAACACCGAAUGAGUUGGAAAAGUUCCUUGAUGAGGUUCAAGGAGAAUGUCUUGGGCUCGAGGAGAGCAUGAACAUCAUUAAGGACUACGAGAUCAAGGACAAGGAUGUUCUCAAGAAGGUCAAGAAUCUAUACAUGAGCUGGAAAGGAUUUCUCAGAUUUGUGAUGGGAUCUUCACUUUUCUUCAUAACUCAAUCCUCUCAACAUGUUUAUCAGGAUAUGACUCAACCGCUCUCCCACUAUUAUAUAAACAGUUCCCACAACACAUAUCUGGUUGGAAAUCAGGUAGUAUUUGGUUGGGAAUCAGGUAAUAUCUGGUUGGGAAUCAGGUAUUAUCUGGUUGGGAAUCAGGUAAUAUCUGGUUGGGAAUCAAGUAAUAUCUGGUUGGGAAUCAGGUAAUUUUAGAUCUCAAAUCUUCAUUAAAAAGGACUGUAGAGUGUAGAUGUAAUUUUAAGUAAUCCUCAUUCAAACAGUGUCAUUUCCGAUUCACAAUGGUACUUUCUUUAUACUUCUUUCUGUGAAAUCAU